ACAUAUAUAAAAAAAAAAAAAAAAAAGCAAUAACCAGGAGAAAUUUUUUUUCUUUUUGAUUAUAAUGAUACAUCCAAUCAACAGCAACAACACAGUAUUUUCCUUAUUUCUCUUUAAGGCAUACACAUGACGUCCUUUCUAAAAGCAUCUUUGAAAUAUAUCAGUUAUAAUAGACAGAUAUAAUGUGGAACUAGAAAGAGAUACAUAUGCUAACUAUGCCAACUCCAAGACAGGUAUCCAGCAAAGGUGUAUUCGAAUUCAUCAAUUGGCCCAAAAGUAUUUCCUACAUUCUAGAUUGAAUGCUACAUAAACAAGGUUACAGCCAUUGGGUGGGUGCUGGUGUUUGCCUAGGCAUCUGACCUCUCUAAACCCAAAGUUUCAGAUACGAGGACUCAGCCGGAAAGUGUCCAAAAGAAGUAGGGUAUGCAAUACAUGGACAUUUCCAGCAGGGACCUUCAAAGCCGGAAACUGUCCAAAAGAAGUAGGGUAUGCAAUGCAUGGACACUUCCAGCAGGGACCUUCAAAGCACCCCCAUUGACUUGUUCAUGUGAUGAUAGGGUCGAUCUUCUUGACCUAAAGCCAACUUUGAUUCAGAGCUCUACCCCAGAGAUUGUGGUACCUAAGGAGAUCUGCAGCUUUUUCUUUCUUCAAAUGUGGGAGUUGGAGUUUCCAACAUGUGGAUUCAAGUGCCUGACACAUCCCACAGCUGCGCCUGCAUU